GUUUUUAAAAAUAUUAUUAAUUUUAUUGUCAUAAAUCAUAUUUUUCUUCAAAAUGCAUUAACAAUUGUGAUGUAAUUAAAAUAAUUAGAAACACCUUUUUUUUGUUGGUUACUACAUUUCAUUGUUGGAGAAGAUGUAUUCAUCUAAUUUACCUCAUUUAGUUCGAUUAUUUAAUCACCAAGUACCUCACUCAUCAAUUCACAAAACCUGGUUAACAAAAAAUAGUAGAUUUUACGGUAAAUAUAAAGGUUACGGUCGUAAAAUAAGUAUAUGGUUCAGUGAACAGAGUUUACAAGUUGCCAAAGCAUGUACGAGACAAUUUGAAUUUAUUGCUGCACAACGUGUACGCCGUAGUUUACAAUUUUUUCAAUUAUAUGCAAAGAUCUUGGAUGAUAUUGCAUUCAAGAAAUUUAUGAGAUCAUGGAGAAGACGUUUAACAAAGACAUUAUAUACCAGAGAAUUUUUUAUCAGUGCUGUUGGAGUUACCAUGUUCAAUUGGGAUGAAGAAAGAAUAGCAGACGAAGAACUUUACGGCUACGCCAAAGAGAUUGAAAAGACUCAAGAGCUAUGCCGCUCUACUGUCGUUUGUAAAGAUUGCAGUUUACGAUUAAUUAUUGAUCAUAAACAACCUAAUGUUGAAUACUGCACGUGCCACGGUUCUAAACCAAACGUUGCAGUUGUAAGUGAUGAAACAGAAUGGAAACCAUUUAUCGAACGUCAAGAUAUGUUAAUAUGGAGAAAGGAAGAUAAAGAAACUGGAUUGUAUGCUUACAAAGUUUUUGGUACAUACGCUGAUGUUUCUGCUGAAGAAUUUCUCCAAGUUCAAGUGGAUAUAGACUAUAGGAAAGUUUGGGAUCCAACUGCUAGAGAACUUGAGAUAAUUGACACUGACCCUAAAUGUGCUUCUGCCAAAGAUUAUCAUAAUGAUGUUAUUUAUUGGGAAAUGAUAUGGCCGAGGCUAUUCUCCAAUCGUGAUUAUGUGUACAAACGAAAGUGGAUUGCAGAUAGGGACAAUGGAAUAGUGGUUAUUGCUAAUAAGAAUACCAAUCACCCUAAUGCUCCAAAUAGACCAGAUACAUAUAGGGUAACGUCAUAUUGGUCUUAUACAGUAAUAAAAGCUUCAGAAGAUUUUAAUAAACCAGGUAUUCAAUUUGUAUUGACGUAUUUUGAAGAUCCUGGAGUUAAUAUUCCAACAGCUGUGACUACAUGGGUUGCUGCAAGUGGACUGCCAGAUUUUUUGUGCCGAAUGAGACAAGCUGCAAAAGAAUAUAAAACUUAUAUUCAGUUACAAGAUUCAUCAGAUCCAAUAUAUGAAUCUGAAGAGACGUUUGAAGGUAAGAAUAUUGAUACACCUUCAGGAAAUGAUGAUUCAGGAAUAGAAAUCAAUGAAAUGGAUAAUGGUGAUAGCACAUCAACAGAAACGAUUUUAGAUAGUGAAGAAGAUAGUGAACAGGAAUUAGAAAGUGAUAUAGAAUUAAGUUCUGAACAGACUGCUUUGGAUCAACCUGGCUUUUUUAGGUAUUAUUUUUUAACAAAAUUGUUUGCCUGAUAAUUAGAUGUAUUUUCGGCGCCUGAUUUAUAUGUAGGCGGCGAAAACAGCUGAAGAGAAUGAUAGAAAUAUCAGACAAAUGUGCAACCAUUAUUGCGAUAUGGUUAGAAAAAAAAAAUUUGAAAUCUAUUCCUCGUGCAAAAUUCGAUUGUGAAAUCAUGUUAUUUUAUAUUCUAUAUCUGUAUUUUAUACAUCAUUUAUAAUGAUCCAGUCGCAAUCAAUUGUCUGUGAAAUUUAAUUUUUAUCGCUACUUUUGAAGACAAAGUAACGGGAUUAGAUGAAUAUCAUGAAUAUGAGUCGUUGAAUGAGUUCAAAACUUCUGAAGCUGAAGUUUUGAUUGAUUGUAAAUUUUAAUUUUAACUAAACUGCAAUGUUUCAAUUGUAUUUAUGUUUCUAUCAAUUGUGUACAUAAUUAUUUAAGUAUAGUCUAAUAAAGUAAUAGAGUUGAGAGUGUAAGAUGUUGAGGUAAUAGGGCAAAUCAAUGAAUAUCAAUGAAUGUAUGAUAAUAAACUAUAUUGUUUAAUUAAA